CUGGCGAUAAUCUUGUGGAUCGGGAAAACAAAUGAAAAGCCCUAAAACAGAGCACUAAAGCCCUAAUUUACUUUGUGUUGCUAUGGCGAGUAUCAGAGUUGGAGGGGCGCCUGCGGCUCCGGCUCCAGCUUUUCCAAUCCCUGGAGCCCAAUUCCGGCUCGCGGUCUCGACAAUCUCGGCGAUUCCCGCUCCCAGGCGCCUGCGCCGCCGUCUCGUCACCAGGGCCGCCAAUCCAUCCACGGCUCUGUUUGCAAAAGAAAUGGAGCGCGUCGCAGCAAAAGAGGCUCUACUUUUCGCCGUGAAAGAUGCGGGAGGCCUAAACGCGAGCAACGAUGCUGCUGUCCUCGACAUAUGUGAGAAGCUGCUCGCUGUGGAGCGCUUGAAUCCAACUCCACGUCCAACGACGUCACCUCUUCUCGAGGGCCUUUGGAAUCUCGAGUGGGCGGGAGCUCGGUUGAUGGCAUCCAAGGUUUUGAUAACAACGUUCCCCGCAUUGCUGUCUAUCGAAGGAGUCACGCUACGAGUAAUGGACGGAAUGGCGAGAGCUACUCUCAAUCUCAAAUUCUUGAACUCGAUUGAGACGAGCUUCAUAUUGACAACAAAUAUUUCAGCUCAAGGGCCAUUGCGGCUUAAAGAGCAGUACGUGGAUGGUGUUAUAGCUCCUCCGCUUGUCAAGGAAGGCAGCAUUCCACCCCAAGUUCAAGGAAUUUACGACCAGUUUGUAGCUGCCGCUCAUAGGCUUCCGGACUCUGUCAAGGAUAGCGUCUCUGGCGGCCUCAAGCUUCCACUUGGUGGAGGCUUGAGUUACGAGAGGCUGUUGCUUAUCUCGUACUUGGACGAAGAAGUGCUGGUUGUAAGAGAUCCAACAGGAGCUCCAGAAGUUUUGUCGAGACUAGAGGUAAAGUCUCCGGUUGCAGCCGAUCCGGAAAUCGGAUACUACAAGUAACAAGCUGUAAGCAAACUUUUUCCUCUCCCCUAGUGAUAAGUUACCUA